UCUCUCUCUCUCUCUCUCAGUCUGGUGGCCACGAAGGAGCCCGAAAGUGCUCGGGGGAGAGCAGUGCCCAUGUCUCCUUCAGAUUUCCUGGACAAGCUCAUGGGAAGGACCUCAGGUUAUGAUGCCAGAAUUAGACCCAACUUUAAAGGACCUCCUGUGAACGUGACAUGCAACAUAUUCAUCAACAGCUUUGGCUCUAUAGCUGAGACGACUAUGGAUUACAGAGUCAACAUCUUCCUCCGGCAGCAGUGGAAUGACCCACGGUUAGCCUACAGCGAAUAUCCGGAUGAUUCCCUAGACCUCGACCCUUCUAUGUUGGAUUCCAUCUGGAAGCCUGAUCUGUUCUUCGCAAACGAGAAGGGGGCGCACUUCCAUGAAGUCACCACAGACAACAAGCUACUGAGAAUAUUCAAGAAUGGCAACGUCCUUUACUCUAUAAGAUUGACCCUGACGCUUUCAUGUCCAAUGGAUCUGAAGAACUUCCCCAUGGAUGUUCAGACAUGUAUUAUGCAGCUGGAGAGCUUUGGCUACACAAUGAACGAUCUGAUCUUUGAGUGGCAAGAAAAUGGUCCUGUGCAGGUGGCCGACGGACUGACCCUUCCACAGUUUAUCCUGAAGGAUGAGUCUGACCUCAGAUACUGCACCAAGCACUACAACACAGGCAAGUUCACCUGUAUUGAGGUACGUUUUCACCUGGAGAGGCAGAUGGGUUACUAUCUGAUCCAGAUGUAUAUUCCCAGCCUGUUGAUCGUCAUCCUGUCCUGGGUGUCCUUUUGGAUCAACAUGGAUGCUGCUCCAGCCCGCGUGGCUCUGGGCAUCACCACUGUCCUCACCAUGACCACACAGAGCUCUGGCUCCAGGACAUCUUUGCCAAAGGUGUCCUAUGUGAAGGCCAUAGACAUCUGGAUGGCCGUAUGUUUGCUUUUCGUUUUCUCUGCCCUGCUGGAGUAUGCGGCAGUGAACUUCGUCUCCAGGCAACAUAAGGAGCUGUUGAGAUUCCGCCGACGGAGGAAGAAGUCUACCAAGGUGCUUGAAAGCACGUUUGAGGAGGAACUCUCCGAAUCGUUGCAAAGUGUCAGUGGCUUGAGGAGUGCAGAGCCCAUGUACGGAUCCAUGGGCCACAUCUCCGAUUCCAACGACAGGGAGGAGGAUGUGAGGGAAAGCCGCCUAAGCUUCACUGCCAAUGCAGGCAAGGAUGGUGCCAUGUCCAAGCCUUCAAACAACGCAGCCAUUACUCCCCAGGGACAGCCAUCCAGCACGGCAACCCUGGCUGGCAAGAGUCCAGAGGAAAUGAGAAAAAUCUUCAUCGACCGUGCCAAGAAGAUCGACACCAUAUCACGGGCUGGCUUCCCCCUGGCCUUCCUGUUCUUCAACAUUUUCUACUGGGUCCUGUACAAGAUCCUACGGCAUGAGGACGUCCAUAAGCCCUAG